UUCAGGUGUGCAUAUCAACAACACAAACGUCGAUUCUUAUUUCUUGGUUAGAGAUGAUUCCAAGCAGAGCAUCGCGAUCUCUUCUGCUGCUUUUGCUCCUCUUCUCCUCCAUGCUUCUCCGAGCUUCCUCGCAGACCAACGCCACCGCAUCAGCGACACAUGUGGAGGAGAGCACAAGAAGGGAAGUCGCGGCGGUGAGGGAGUUGAGAGACGGUUCUCCCGGUGUCAACGGUGGCAUCGGUGGUCGAUCACCCGUAACCAGAGGUAGCGGCGGCGCUGCAGCUGGUAGGAAUGGCGGCCACAGUGCUGCAUGCAGCAGCUAUGGUCGCCAUGUCGCCAUCACUUCUCUUGCCUUCGCUAUUGGCGCUGCCAUUGUGAAUUCCAUGUAGACUUCUUCUUGUCGUUGCAACAGAGAGUCAUACUCCCGCUUGCAAGAAUGCAAGAGAGAAGAAAAAGAUCUGUUAUAUUAUCAUUAUUAUUCCUUCUUUUAUAUCUCUUUAUAAGGUGCAAAAUGAAUCUGAUACAGUAAACCUUAAAUUCCUGUGA